CGAUCGAUUCCAUAAAACAAUAUCAAGUUAUCAAUACACUCGAAGUAUGCAUAAGCUUUUCACAAUGAAGACACCAACCCCAUUGCUAUUCCUCUCACUAAUCCUCCUCUCCUCCAUCUUCGCAACAUUUCUCGUCGCAGUUGAUUCCGCCACGAGCCCAGUACUCGACACGGAAGGCAACGAGCUCCGAACAGGAACUGACUAUUACAUCCUUCCCGUGGUCCGCGGAAACGGUGGUGGACUAACCCUAUCAACAACCACCAGCAAUGGCACCAUAACUUGCCCAGCGAACGUCGUCCAGGAGCAAAACGAGGUUGACAACGGCCUCCCUCUGACCUUCUCCCCUGUGGACCCUGAAGAAGGCGUGAUCCGAGUUGCCACUGACACAAACAUCAAGUUCUCUGCCGUGACUAUCUGUGCUCAAUCAACCGUGUGGAGGCUGGAUGGAUCCGCGGGGAAGUUCUUUGUGACAACUGGGGGCGUCGAAGGAAACCCAGGUCGGCAGACCGUAAGUAACUGGUUCAGGAUCGACGAGUACGAGGGUGAUUACAAGCUUGCAUUUUGUCCGACGGUGUGCGACAUAUGCAGGGUUGUUUGUGGUGAUAUCGGUGUUUAUGUCGAUGAGAAUGGUACGAGGCGUCUGGCGAUUAGCGAUGUGCCGUUGAAAGUCAUGUUCAAGAAAGCUUAAUUAAUAGUACUAGUGGUUGGUUGUAAUUAGAAUAAGCGUACGUACGUACGUACACACUUUGUUAUUCUUGAGGUGUAACGACGUGGGAAUAAAGGUGUGCAAGCCAUGUCCAGUAACUAAUUAAGUAGUUCUAUUGUACUACAUGAUGAAUAAGGAAAACCUAUUGUCUCAUUCAAAUUCAUUAAACAUGAAUUAGCUACUUUCAA